GCGGGCACAGGGUAAGGCGAGUGGUUCGCGUCCGCGUCGUCGUUCAGUCGGGUAGGCGCGUUUGUACGGCGUUGGUCUUCGGCUUUAGGGAUUCUCGCCGCGUAUGUUGAACAUACAUCGAACCGUACGUGUGACGUGUGUUUCUGUUUUAAAAAAGAAGAAGAGAAAGAGGAAAAAGGUGGAAAAGAAAGAAGGAUUAAGGAGGGAGGGUAAUCAUGAAAUCAGUGCGUGCAGAUGAUGGUGUACUUUAGUGUUUGUUCGAACGCGGUGAACUCUGCGAUAAUACGGUAACGAACCUGUGUGUUUUUUUGUCAUUACACGAGGAAACGAAGAAGAAAAGGAAGAAAAAGAAGAAGACGACGACACAACGACGACGACCAUCACCAACAGGACCGGGACCAGGACCAGAACGACGUAACGAAAACAUCACCGAAAUCUACAAGGACGCCUAUCAAGGAAAGUUUAUAGUGAGAACUUAACGGGAAAGGAAAAUAUAAAGCAAUGUCGAAAACGAAGAGGAAAACGUACAACACUGCCUCACGUAGUUUUGGGACCUGGGCGAGGCCCUGGCAUCUUUUACCAGUUAUUCUUCUCUUCUGCGGAGCUCUCGCCGAUGCAACGAGAUUGAGACACUCGAGGCACCUGGACGUGAGAUCGCUGUUCCUAAGCGAGGAAGAGGAAUUAGUGGUGCAACAACAAGGAAAAAAUCACAAUCACAAGCCUAUGUUCACUAAUUGUUCGAUGUAUGCUGCUGUCGUAAAAGAAGAAGAACCAGCAGGUACAGUGGUCAUUCAGGUACACGCCGAGGAUCAAGACCCACCGGAUGAAGGAGGUACGAUCACGUACGCCCUCGUCACGGCUCACAACGAGAGAUUGAAGUUCGAGAUCAACAAUACGACAGGAUUGAUCAGAACCACUCAAAUCUUGGACAGGGACGAACCGGCACGUGAAAAGGAGGUUUACCUUACCGUCCUUGCAACCGAUAAUGGAAUGCCUCAGCUUGAUGAUGGCUGUACCUUUAAGGUCACAAUCGAAGACGUCAAUGACAACCACCCAGUGUUCGACAAAGUGGCGUACAAGGAAUCGGUGCCACAAGAUCUACCGUUGAAUCGCGAGGUCAUGAGAGUCUCUGCGACCGACAUCGAUGAUGGUAACAAUUCCGUCGUUCGUUAUAGCCUCUCACCGAGCAAACCUGACGACGGUGUUUACUUCAGGAUCGAUCGCAACACCGGCGUUAUAUAUCUCAACAAAACUAUAGACAAAAACCCAGAUUACACGUUUUCGAUGACAGCCACCGCAGAAGAUCAAGGUGAAAAUCCAAAAUCUAGUAUUAUCAGUUUAGAUAUUCGUGUAGUCGAGUCGCACAAAAAGGCGCCUGUUUUUCUACCAAGACCGGUGGAGCCGAUCAAGCUCUUGGAAAAUUUCAGUGAUUUUGGUGCUAGCAUUGUACGGCUCCAAGCUGUCUCAAACAUCGACGACAAUCCAGAUCUUCAAUUCGUCCUUGUUCCUGGUAAAACAGAACAAACCAACAAGGAUAGCACGUUUCGUCUGGAAUCCACGAAAAACACAGCGGACAUAAAAUUAACGAAGCAUCUAGACUAUGAAAGUAACAAGGUAUACUCGUUGAUAGUUCGAGCGUGGAACAAUUACGACUUGGCCGCCGAAACGGUGAUAGACAUAGAGGUUCUCGAUGUGAAUGACAAUGUACCGGCCUUUCGAGAGCUCACGAAGGGUAGUGUUCUUGAAAACGAACCAGCAGGAGUUCCCGUUAUGCAAGUACGAGCCAUCGAUGCCGAUGGUACUUCGGCUCAUAAUAAGGUCACCUACGAGCUAAAUGAUUUCAAAGACCUAUUUGCAAUCGACAAGUACACCGGGAAUAUAACGACUCGAACGACUUUUGAUAGGGAGACCCAAAGUACUUAUAGCGUUUGGAUUACCGCAACUGACAAUUCACCUAGCGCCUUAUACAACACCGGAGAACACAAUAAAGUGCAGCAGUUGUUUCGUAUCGAGAUCGCUGAUAAAAACGACAAUGCACCACAUUUUACGCAAGCCGUUUACACUGCCAAUGCUAUUUUAGAAAACGCUAAUAUAAAUUCCGUAGUGAUCGAGGUAAAAGCUUUGGAUGCCGAUACUGCCAGUCCCGUUACAUACAGUAUCAUCCAGGGUAACACCAAUUAUAGCUUUUACAUUGAAAGUACUACCGGAAAGAUCCGUGUUAACAAUCCAUUGGAUUACGAAAAAAUCACGGAAUAUAAUCUAACCGUGAGAGCGUUCGAUGGCGUUUACAAUGAUACCGCGAACGUUAAAAUCUUCAUUGAAAACGUGAACGACAAUCCACCAGUUUUCGAAGAUUUCGAGACCAAUCCAACGAUUGAGGAGGAGAAGUUGGUUGAUGGUUGCAUUACGACCGUAGUCGCCUAUGAUCCAGAUAUAAAGGAUAGAAACGCCGAUCAACACAUAGCUUAUUUCAUUCUAAAGGACGAUCAAAAGCCUUUGUUAAGUAUCAAUAAAUCUGGAUGUAUUACUUUGAAAAAACCGCUCGAUCGAGACCCACCUUUUGGUUAUCCCGUAUGGACGGUGAUGGUGAUGGCACGUGAUGAGGAUGAUUCACCAACGGCUCUACGAGAAUUAGCUACCGUAAACAUAACUUUAAUCGACAUAAAUGACAACGCCCCCUAUCUCGACAUGACACACGUAGUCUGGGGUGAAAAUAAACCACCCGAUAGAAUAACCGAUUUGAAAGCUCGGGACAGAGAUUCCGAUGACAAUGGACCACCAUUUAAGUUUUGGAUCGAUGAGACCGCAGACAAAGAAAUUUUAACCAAUUUUAAUAUUCGUAACAAUGACCUUUAUGCUCUAGUUACUUUCGAUCGUGAGGAACGGAAAAGUUAUAACAUUCCAAUAGCUAUAAUGGAUAAUGGAAAACCACCGAUGACUGGAACUUCUACUUUGACGGUUAUUAUCGGCGAUGAGAAUGACAAUCGUAUGGAAGAGGGUUCGAGUUCGAUAUUCGUUUACAUUUAUAAAGGUGACGCGCCUGACACAAAAAUCGGACGAGUUUAUGUUAAAGAUUCUGACGAUUGGGAUUUACCUGAUAAACAUUUUGCUUGGGCAUCUCCGACACAUGAAGGCUUUGAAUUAGAUGAACAUACUGGUAUGAUAACUCUGCUCUCUGGUACCUCGAACGAUACCUUUUACAUGAAGUUCGUCGUUACGGAAGAGACGUUUCCUAGAAUACCUCGUCAUCAAGUAUAUGCUUAUGUUAAUGUUACGGUAAAAGAGAUUCCCGAAGAAGCAGUGAUUAGGUCCGGAUCUGUACGUUUCUCUGGUAUAACCGCAGAAGAAUUCAUUGAACCGGAUCAAAAUGGUGUCAGUAAGAAGGAUAUCUUUCAAGAAAAGAUAGCCUACAUGUUAAAUACAUCGAUAGACAAUGUUGAUGUUUUCACCGUUCUUCAUUCUCCUUAUCACAACAAGACUUUCUUAGAUGUUAGAUUUUCAGCACAUGGUAGUCCUUAUUAUGCUCCCGAAAAAUUAAACACUAUCAUGUCGCAACACUCUACGAAUAUUGAACGUGCGAUGAAGGCAGAUAUAUUGAUGGUGAAUAUUGACGAGUGUCUUUACGAAAAAGUUAAUUGUAAUAAUUCUUGUCGAAGUUUCCUAAAUGCCAGUAACGUUCCUUCUCCGGUUUAUACGAACACCAGUUCCUUCGUUGGUGUCAGAGCCAUCAUUGAACCUCAGUGUACUUGUCAUGUCGCUGAACCUAUUGUUUGUUUAAACGGCGGUACACCAUUAACUGAUAGAUGCGAAUGUCCUCCAGGAUUGGAGGGUCCACGGUGUGAAUUAUUAGGUAUAGGUUUCCAUGGUGAUGGCUGGGCUAUAAUGCCGCCACCUGGUCAAGCCUGUGAUGACUCGCACUUAGGUUUGGAGAUCAUACCGGAAGUCGAAAGUGGUCUUAUAUUUUAUUUCGGUCCAAUGAUUUACAGUAAAAAAUUAGGAGUUCAAGAUUUUAUGGCUCUAGAAAUUCAACACGGUUACGCAGUGCUCUAUGUUGAUUAUGGUACGGGCACUAUAAGAUUAAAUCAGAAACAAAUUAAAUUAACCGACGGCAAGAGUCAUAGGAUAGAUGUUUAUUGGACUAAGACAUCGAUUGAAAUGAAAGUAGAUAAUUGCGGCAUAUCAGCUUGCAUGAGUUUGACUGCGCCAGAAGGUUCCAAUGAGUUCCUUAAUGUAAAUAGUCCGAUGCAAGUAGGCGGUACAUUAACGAAUCUAGCGUAUUUAGCAAAGAACUUGGGGUGGCAUCACAAACCUACCGAAAAAGGCUUUGUCGGUUGUAUUAGAAAUAUGACUAUAAAUGGAAAUACAUAUAAUUUAGGAAUGCCAGCAUUAUCAAGAAAUAUAGAUCCAGGUUGUGAUCAUGGAAUGGCAAAGGCUGUGUCAUUUGGCAUUGACACCAAUUUCUUAGUUGCAAUCCUAGUUUGUGUAGCAAUUCUAUUGAUAUUGUUGUUAGCGGUAGUAGUCCGCAGAAGAAAGACUGAUGAUCUCUACAAAGAUAUGGAUGAUAUAAGAGAUAACAUAAUUAACUAUGAAGAUGAAGGUGGCGGUGAGGUAGACACCGGCUACGACUUGAACGUUUUAAGAGCUAUUUACGAUGCGCCACCAAUAGAAUCUAAAAUAGCACCUGUUGGUCUUCAGGGUAGAGCUCCUGACGAGGUACCAGAUAUCUGUGGUUUCCUAGAUGGCAAGAAGGAAAGCUGCGAUAAAGAUCCCGACACGAAUCCAUUCGACGAUGUUAGGCAUUAUGCUUACGAGGGUGAAGGAAAUUCUGACGGCUCGUUAUCGUCGUUAGCUUCAUGUACCGACGACGGAGAUCUCAAUUUCAAUUAUUUAUCAAAUUUUGGACCAAGAUUUAGAAAACUCGCUGACAUGUAUGGAGAGGAAUCUAGUGAUGAAGAGAGCGAUGGCGUAGGUGAACGUGAAAGUGAAAGCUGGUGUUGAACAGCGGACGCAUUCGAUAGACUUUUAUGAAUACUUAACCCUUUGCAGUCCAUUGUCAUACUGGACACAAUAGAUUCUUUUUCCAGUUCCAUUAACGCUGUUGUGCCCAGCGUGACAUUAGUUUAAGGGAAAUCAUUCACCAGACAUGUAAACUUGAAGUAAAAGCUGGGUUCCUAUCUUUGGGACGAAUAUUUUUUAUGUCGAGAAAUUAAUUUGAGAUGACGUAAUAUAACGCGCUGAUGUCGCAAUCGAAUAAAAGAUCUAAUCGUAACAUUUUUUCAUUCACAUAUCAACAAAUACACACACACACACACACACACACACUCGUAUAACUGAUAUUUCAUUGUCUAUUUAUUCAGUGAUCGUUGCCUCAAUUCUUCACGAUGAUAUAACAGAUCUUUUAUUUGAUGGACCGAUGGCAUCAUAUUGUGCAAUUUUCAAGUUUCAAUUUCUCGAUACGAAAAAGCAUGUCUUUUCAGCGAUAGAAAUCCUUACUUCGAACUUUCAGCGAUUGCUGAUUGCUAACGCUGAUACUGAUACUUCAGAAUGAAAUACGAAAUAGGUAAGCCUAAACGACUACAGGAGAGUAUAAAUAUAAUUUAUCAAAAUAAUUGUGUUGUAAAAUAGACUAAAUAUAUAAUUAUGUAGUUAUAAUACGUAUGUAUGUAUCUAUGUAUCGCGUGUAAUAGGAAUGUAAUUAUGAUUAUGUAAUGAUAUAUUUACUCAAUUUUAUAUUAAAAUUAUUUUUUUAAAUUAUAUUAAUUUUUUCCUACAGUUGUUAGUCUACCUAUUGUGUAUUUAUAUAUCUGUAUAUAAAUAUAUCUAUACUAUAAGUUGAUUCGAGCGUAAUAAAAGGCUACCGUUUCUUACAUACAUUUUUCGCUCUAUUUUCGUCAAUGUUUUGCGCAUAACUUUUGCACCUAUCUCGGCGAUUGUCGUCCUCUAGCCUAGUUUUUCCUGUUUAUUUUCUUUUUUAUCUAACCGUACCAUCGUCAUUGAAUAGCAUGAAAUCAUUUCUCGAAUAAAAUGUUUUAAAUCUGUC